CAAGUUAGCAUGUAAUCCCAAAUCCAAAAUCAGAUGGGUGGCUAACGAUAUCCCAUACGCCACUGUAGCGAUCAUCGUCCCGCGUGGUUCCUCGAUACUUCAAGCUGAGCUCGUCCCGCUUAUGGUGGGCUUACCUUCUCCCUGUCCGCUCUCAGUUCUUAAUGGCUCUGGCGGCCCUAUGCUCCCCUUGCUUAACAAGCAUCGGGAACGCAAGAUCUCCUACCAAUUCCUUUCGGAGUUAUCCACCCUCUUCUCUCUUUGUUCCUCUCCGCCAUCGCCGACUCGCAGUCCACUCUAAAAAAACCCAAAGCCUCAAGGCUUCAUCUUCUUCCUCCAUCUCCAGUGCGAGUCCUGGAACCAAGGAUGACGGCUUUAAGCUUACCUAUCUAGAGGGAAACAGCUGGUUAUGGAGCGUGGAUGGGGUGAACGUUUUGGUGGAUCCCAUCUUGGUUGGUAAUCUGGAUUUUGGCGUGCCUUGGCUGUAUGAUGCCGCGAAGAAGGUUUUAACAAACUUCCGGCUCGAGAAUCUCCCUGAGGUAGAUUGUUUGCUGAUUACACAGAGCCUUGAUGACCACUGCCAUGUUAAGACACUCAGACCCCUUUCAAAGCAACUUCCUAACCUGCCAGUAUUCUCCACUCCGAAUGCAGAAUCCAUUUUAAGAUCACUCUUUAGAAAUGUAACGUAUCUAGAACCUGGCCAAACUUCUGAAUUUGAAGGCAGAAAUGGAGCAAAACUCAAUAUCCUUGCUACUGCAGGUCCUAUAUUAGGUCCACCUUGGCAGAGACCAGAAAAUGGGUACAUUAUCACAUCAAGCAGUAAUCUGAAACUCUACUAUGAACCACACUGUGUAUACAACAAGUUUUUUCUACAAGAAUAUAAGGUGGAUAUAAUCAUAACGCCAGUCAUUAAACAGCUGCUUCCUUCAUUCACCUUGGUAUCCGGACAGGAGGAUGCAGUUCAGCUUGCCAAGUUGCUACAAGCGAAGUACAUUGUUCCUAUGAAGAAUGGUGAUCUGAAUAGUAAAGGGUUUCUCUCAAGAAUCAUUCGGCCGGAGGGGACGGUUAAAUCGUUUAAGGAAUUACUGGAGAAGGAGCUUCCGGAUGCACGAGUACUUGAGCCUCAGCCAGGGGUGGCUCUUGAGAUUUCAAGGUCUUUGAGUUUUCUCUGAAGUUUGUUUUGUUCUCUUUAGGCAAGUUCCCUUUGUGUCAUGAGAAAAAUUGGAAUGACAAGCCUUUUUAUUCUGAUGCAUGACAACAUGAUUGCAAAGAGGCUAUGAAGAAGGAAGAACUUUCAUGGUAUAAAUUAAAAUUCCUCUGCUGCCCUUCUUUUGC